AUGAAGAUCACGUCCAGCGUCGUCCUCCUCUCCUUUGCAAGUCUUGCCUGCGCCCAAGAUUCUCGUCAAAGUCGUAAGCCCCUCGUCGACUCGAACAGCCUGCGACGCACUAUCAAGAGCUCGAAUCUCCUCAAGCACGCCCGUAAAUUUGUCGAGUUUUCCAAGCUCAGCAACGGCACUCGCGUCUUUGGCAGCGCCGGCCACACUGCGACGACGGAUUACCUCAAACGCGUGCUCGACGCGACUGGAUACUACGACACUGAACUGCAAACCUUCCCUUACCUCUUCUCAACGGGUACUGCAUCCCUCUCUGCGAAUGGCACGACCUUCACCACGGGAUACCUUUCGUACGCCCCUAGCGGGGAUGUUACAGCGCCUCUCGUUGUUGUCAACGACUUGGGAUGCAAUGCUAGUGAUUACCCUGCUGCUGUUGCCGGCAGCAUUGCCCUUGUUCUGCGCGGCGUCUGCCCGUUCGGUGAGAAGGUAGCCCGAGCAGGAGCCGCCGGUGCUGUGGGCGCCAUCGUCUACAACAACCUCGACGGCUCCGUGCCUGGAGGAACACUUGGGGAAAUUUCUCGCCCCGAGAUCGGUCCAUACGUUCCCGCUGGGACGUUGUCGGGAAUCGAUGGUACGGCUCUUGUUGCUUUGAUUAACGGCGGCACCGAGGUUGUCGGAGACUUCCAUGUUGAGGCAAUCAACGAAGAGCGCCUUAGCAGCAACGUAUUUGCCACGACCAAGCUGGGAGAUCAUGACAACGUCAUUGUAGCUGGUGGACACAGUGACUCUGUGGUCGCUGGGCCUGGCAUCAACGACGAUGGUUCCGGCACCAUGGGCAUCCUUGAAGUCGCUCUCCAACUUCCGAAGUGGAGAGUCAACAAUGCAGUCCGAUUUGCCUUCUGGACUGCUGAAGAGUUUGGCCUCAUCGGGUCAGAGUACUACAUCAGCCACCUGCCCGAGGAGGAGCGCCAGAAGAUUGCCCUCUAUCUCAACUUCGACAUGAUCGCCUCGCCCAACACUGCCUUCUUCAUCUACAGUGGUGUGAACGAGCCUGCUGGUAGCAUCCACAUCCACGAGACUUUUGAAGAGCACUACGUCGGCAAGAUCAGGACUGCCCUUACGCCCUUCGGCACUGGUAGUGACUACCGUCCGUUCUUGGAUGUUGGCAUCCCUUCUGGCGGUCUCUUCACUGGAGCCGGGGGUAUUAUGACUGAGGAACAAGCUGGAUGGUGGAACGCACAAGCUGGUGUUGCCUACGACGUCUGCUACCACCAAGCCUGCGACGGUAUCGCCAACCUGAACGUUUCUGCGUGGGAGCUCAACACCAGAGGCGCUGCUCAUACCAUUGCCACCUAUGCCCGCUCACUCGACGGCAUCCCCCGGCCACGCGUUAGCGUACCCGCUCGCAACCUCAAGCUCGCCGAUCUUUCUUACGAAGAACGUCUUCACCAAGCCUGCAGUCAUGAAGUCAGUGUUAUCUAA